AUGCUAGAAGGUGAUAUCAUUUGUUUAACAGAAACAUGGCUAAAUAAUUCAAUAACUCCAGCAAAACUAAAGUUAAAUGGUUUCCGUCUUCACCACCAUCCUCGAAGCAGCAGCUAUGAUGACACUACAGAUUGUCAAAACAAAAAUGUCAACAUUUUAAAAUUGGGAGUUUUAAAUAUAGAACACAUUGCUUUGAAUAUUUUGGAUAAAAAUAUUAACGUAAUUGUUAUCUAUAGAUCACCCGUUUAUCGAUUAGAUUUAUUUCUCCCAAUGUUAGAAAGAUUAUUAGUUGAAUUACAAGAAUCUGGUUCAGACUAUGUUAUUAUGGGGGAUUUCAACCAAAAUAUCUUGGAGGGUCAUUUGUCUACACUAAAUUGUUUUCAAAAAUUUGGUUUUCAACAACUUGUUCAGCAUUACACUACUGAAGAUUGUGAUUACAAGUAUACAAAUGCUACAUAUGUAUAUAAUGUUCGAGGUUAUUUAGGACCAAAAUCAAAACAAUCAGAAUGUAAUGAAUUCUGUAAAAAAGAUACGCGAUGUUCCGCCUCUGUAGUUUUGUUUGGUAGAUGUAUUUUUUAUCCAUCACCACUCAUUGCGAUGUUUUUAAAUAAAGAUCUGAACCAAUGUAUUACAAAUUGUUCCGAGACGAAUGAAUGUCUAAUGUUGAAUUAUUAUAAAGGUCAUGUAGGAGAGACCUGUGUGUUGUAUAGCAUUACUCUGGACGAGCUAUCUGAUGGGGAUACUAUGAAACAUCCUAGGGCUAUUGUAGUGGAAAAAAUCUGUAAUUAA